UAAACUCUUCGAAAUAAAACAUAAUUCAAUUGGAUUUUUAGUGUAUUGAACCAAACCAAUUAAUUACCAAACCAAACUUAAAUUGUACCGGUUAAACCAUAGGCCAAACCAAUUGAUAUUGGCCACCGCCGCUAGUGACGGCGAGGAAGAGCUCCGUCCCAUGUCUGCUGAGGUUUUUUCUAUAGACGAACCUUUCUUUCUCCUGGACACCAAUAAAGAGUAAAUCGAGCGAUUAUGAUUCACACUGCUACCAAAUGUGCAAGAGCUGCUGCCGCAACGGUUCGUGGCGGCGCGAUCCCCGUUAGAAGCAGCCUAGUCCGAUACGCGACGCCGUUGAGAUUGAUUCACGGUGAAAUCAGCGUUCCAAACGCGAACAAUGUUGCGAUUCAGAUGGUCAAUUACGCUCUUUCUCACGCUAGAUCUCAAAGAUCAGAUGAAUCAUAUGCUCAAGGGAUGCUAGUGCUUGAGCAAUGCCUUGGGAAUCAAGCUAGCGAUGAUCAGGUUUCUCAGGACUCUAAAGCUACAGUCUUGCUCGCUAUGUCUGAUCUACUAUACGAAAGUGGGAACAGUAGUGAGGCCAUUGAACGCCUCAAGCAAGUCAUGUCUCUCACCCUCUCUUCCUUGUCUAUUAGAGUUGUUGCUGUGGAAGCUCUUGUUGGUCUUCUGAUUCAGUCAGGACAGGAUGAUGCUUCACUGAAUGUUGCUGAUGAAUUUCUGGAACUGGUUAAAGAGAGAGGCCAUGAGAAUCUUCAGGGUGUGGCUGCCACAGCUAAAACGAUCAAAGGCCUCACUGAGCUUGUGAAAGGAAGUAUUGAAUCUGCCGAAUCUUUGUUUCAAGGACUUGAGAACCAUGAGAUCUGCAAAGGUAGUAACAUUGCUCUUUCUUAUGGUGAGUUCUUGCACGCCACUGGAAACUUCGAAAUGGCAAAGGAGAUGUAUCAAAAGGCAAUUCAAGGAGUGACAGAGACCAAGGAAUCCAUGAGUUCUUGUAAUAUGAAUUUGAAAGCAGUCUCAUUAGCAGCCACAUUUGCUCUUGGGCAGUUAGAGUCACACAUUGGGAACUUUGGUGAUGCGGAGGAAACACUGACAAGUGCAUUGACAAGCGCUGAGGCACAUUAUGGACACAGUCAUCCCAAGGUUGGCGUGAUUUUAACUGGAGUAGCUCUCAUGUACCGGAACAAAGCAAAGCAAGAACGCUCGAGUUCUAUUAUGAUUCAAGAGGGACUCUUUAGAAGAGCAUUGGAGCUCAUGAAAGCACCUCCACUGGAUGAUACAGAAGGUACAUUGAAGAGAUUCUUGAACCCUAAAUUAAUACCGUUUGCUCUCACCAUAUAUAUUUUGCUGAUUACUAUAGGGAUAAUAAACGUGGAGACUCAGGAGGUAAUGGCUCUAGCAAGAGGAGGGUAUGCGGGGCUCCUACUGAUUCAAGAGAACAGAAGAAGCGAAGGAGAGAAGAUGAAAUCAUGGGCUGAAUCUGCAUGGAGAAACAGACGUAUCUCUCUUUCAGAAGCAUUGACUCUCUCUGAACCAUUAGGUAAAGUAGGCAUCAUAGAUGCAAGAACCACUCGUGUCCUCUAAAAAGCCUUAACACUGGUUGUGAAGAAUCCCAAAAGAUAACAUAUAUAACAAGUUUUACAUUAUGA